ACUUUUCAGUCAUCAUCCUUAUCAUCAAAGUCCGCCGAAAGCAAUCCUGGUAAAAUGGUUGUUGAAUUAAGAGGGAAAUGUUUCAAUGCAACAAUAACCGUUCAAAAGCACAUGCAACAUUGUCCAUGGUGUCACGAACCAACAACACCAACAACUACUACUACAAAAACGUCAUCAACCCUGGUGAGGCAAAAGGUACGACAGCAGACUACUACAGCAUCUCCAGUGGAAGGGUUUGUGCUCGACGAACGUUUCGAAUUGAUUUGUGUUUCGGUACUGGCCACUGUUUGUGUGCUUAGCGCGGCCGCAUUCACAUGUCUUUUGAUCGCCUAUCUGAGGCUACGAUCCAAUAUGCUAUCGAGGGCGAACGAGAAGACAUAUCUGGCGAAUUUGAUGAAAGUGGAUUCGCCUUUUGCACGAACAUCACUUCAAACUGAAGAGAGAGAAACAUCGAAACUGAUCCAAAAAAGUUUCAGUGUUCCAUGGGAACAACGAAAAAAAUUUGUGCAUUGGUUGAGUAGCAGUAGCAAUGAAACUGUCUCAACAAGAGCUGCUUCAUCGAAUGAAACGUCUCCGAAAGAGUCGAAGUCGUCUAUUGAUGAUCAAUCUACUCCUCAUAAAGCAGCACCGAAACCCGCAAGCAAUUCAUCGUAUUGUGUAUAA